AUGCCUCGAUCGACUCAGCCGGUCUUUGAGGCGGAAUUGGCGUCUGAGUCCCCAAAUCCCACUCAAUCUCAUGGAGUCAGCUGGGCUUUCCCCGAAGGUGGCCGGCAGGCAUGGACCUGCCUGCUGGGAUCUUGUCUACUGAUGUUCCCCUCCUUUGGUUUCCAGACUGCCAUUGGCUCCGUGCAAGACUACAUCAGCACAAACCAGCUCGCCAGGUAUAGUGUCCGCGACGUGGGCUGGAUCACCGCGAUUCUAGUAUUCCUUACUCUGUUCCUUGGAGUUCAAGUCGGCCCUCUUUUCGACCGGUAUGGACCCCGAACCCUGCUAGUCUGCGGGUCGCUAGCCAGUUUCACCUCGUACAUGCUGCUCGCCGAAUGCAGCCGGUACUGGCACUUCAUUCUGUGCUUAUCGGUCCUUGGAGGAACCGCCGCCGCAGUCAUCACAACCGUCUCAAUCGCCGUUCUGAGCCACUGGUUCUAUCGCCGACGUGCCCUGGCCUCGGGCCUCUGCAUGGCGGGAUCCUCGGCCGGCGGGGCGGUUCUUCCGCUUCUUCUUCGAGUGCUGUUUCCGCGCUAUGGCUGGACAACGUCUGUCCGCGUGAUCGCUUUCAUCGCGCUGGCAUGCUAUGCGCUCGGGGUCAUGCUUGUGCGUGGCCGGCUGCCCGCCAGCGGCAGCCGCGCCAGCAAGGCGACAAUUGACUUCCGGGCGUUCCGGUCCCUGCGUCUUUGCUCCCUGACUGUGGCGGUGUUCUCCUUCGAGUUCAUCAUCUUCGGCUGCGCCGCACUGCUCCCGACAUAUGUGCGCUUCGCCGGGCUAUCGACCGACGUCCAAUUCUACGCCCUCACCGUCCUGAAUAGCAUGAGCUUGCUGGGCAGGGUCCUCCCCGGGUUUGCGGCCGACCAGCUCGGCCGUUUUAAUGUCUUGCUCUGUUUGGUCGCUAUCACGAUGGUCGCUAUGGCGGCGGUGUGGCUCCCUUUUGGAACCCGCGACGAGGCUACGCUCUACGCCGUUGUUGCCGUCUUUGGCUUCGGCUCGGGCGGAUGGCUGUCGCUAGCGCCGGUCUGCGCGGGCCAGCUCUGCUCCACUGAGGAAUACGGGCGCUACUAUGGGACCGUCUACUUUGUCGCUGCGUUUGGCGUCUUGUUGACAGUGCCAGUCGGGGGUGCUCUGCUUCAGUCGACUACGCCUCGUGUUCUCAUUGGAUUCUAUUCUGCGGUUCUGAUGGUUGGGUUUCUUGCGCUUGCGUUGUCCCGAUGGGCGUUGUUGGAGUGGAGGUGGAGGUGGAAGGUCAAAGUAUAAACAUUUCGGCUUGCUGAAUUCUCCCUCCUCUUAGGAAC